AUGGCAAAGCCUAAGAAUACAGUACCAGCGGAGGAUUUGGUGGAUUACGAGGAACAGGAGGGGGGACAUGUUUCGGCUCACAAUGUUAUCAAAUCUGGAACAUCAGGUAAAGGUGGUCGUGAAGAUGGGACUAUGGGUCGUGGGAGUUACGUUGCCAUUCACGCGAGUGGUUUUCGUGAUUUCUUCCUAAAGCCCGAGAUUCUACGUGCUAUCGGUGAUGCAGGUUUCGAACACCCUUCAGAGGUGCAACACGAAACUAUUCCUCAUGCCAUCACUGGUGUUGACAUUUUGUGUCAGGCCAAAUCUGGUAUGGGAAAAACUGCGGUAUUCGUGUUGUCCGUUUUGCAGCAGCUGGAUGUCCAGGAAGAUGGUACUCUUGCAGGAGGAAUUAAACGCGACGCUGGUGGAGAGCAAGUAGCACCAUCGGCUACCAGGAUUGCCUGCUUGGGUAUUAGUCACACCCGAGAGCUCGCAUACCAAAUCAAAAACGAAUUUGAUCGUUUUUCUAAGUACAUGACAGGCGUACGUUGCGAGGUCGUUUACGGUGGUGUACCAAUAUCACGUGAUAUCGAGAUGCUUAAAGACCCAGAAAAAUGCCCUCAUAUUCUUGUGGGCACACCAGGACGUCUGCUUGCACUGGUAAAGGGAAAACAUAUUCAUAUGGAUAGCAUUCGUCAUUUCGUCCUUGACGAAUGUGACAAAUGUAUGGAGAAACUGGACAUGCGUGCAGAUGUACAGGCUAUAUUUAUGGCUACACCAAAAAAGAAACAGGUCAUGUUCUUUUCAGCUACUAUGAACAACGACGUCCGUGACGUCUGCAAACGUUUCGUGCAGUCGCCUGUGGAGGUAUUCGUCGACGACGAGUCUAAACUGACGCUCCACGGACUCUUGCAAUAUUACAUCAAGCUUUCCGAGAGCGACAAGAAUCGCAAGCUUAACGAUCUUCUCGAUAGCCUUGAAUUUAAUCAGGUUAUCAUAUUCGUCAAGUCUAUCUCCAGGGCACAAACACUGGAUGCUCUACUCAACGAAUGCAACUUCCCUUCAAUUGCCAUCCACGCUGGAUUGGAGCAAACGGAACGUAUAUCUAGGUACCAACAAUUCAAGAACUUCGACAAGCGUAUCAUGGUCUCUACUGAUCUUUUCGGUAGGGGUAUCGAUGUGGAGCGUGUGAAUAUCGUCAUUAACUACGACAUGCCCGACUCUACAGAUUCCUAUCUUCAUCGUGUAGGUCGUGCCGGAAGGUUCGGUACGAAGGGUCUUGCGAUCACCUUUGUAGCUACACAAGAAGACUCUAAUGCUCUGGCUGAUGUACAAAAAAGGUUCGAGGUAGACAUCCCAGAGAUGCCGGAAACUAUCGACACAUCACUCUACCGUAAGUCAAACAAUUUCACGCUUAACAACUAUGCAGUGAACCAAUAA